AUGGCAGAGAGCUUUAGAAUGAAUUCUCGUGAUCCGGCACGUCGUAGUGAUGAGUCACAGCCCCAUGAAAACCCUUUUCAGCCUCGUGAUGAGCCACAGUCUCAAUAUCAAAACGAAGAAGAGGAAGAAGAGGAUUCUGGUGGAAAAGGAUCAGAAGAUGAGCUACAGCGGGAACGGACGGGAACGCAUGAGAUGGCUGAAGAGAUCGCAAAGCUUAAGGAGUCCAAGAAGAAGGCAGAGAAGCCACUACCUCCAUCUCAAGAGGUAAAUGAGCCUUUCAAGUGCAACUUGAUCAACCAUAAUGGAAAUAAUGAUGUUGUUGCAAUAGGAUAUUGCUAUCCAAGCCGUGUAUUUCUCCACAAUGUACCCUUGAAGCCUGGUGAAGUUGCUGUGACAGUGUCUGAGGUCAAGAUAGACAUACAUCUUUGGGCACCAGUAGAUGACAUUGAGAUGCUAAGAAAUGCAAUUGACGCAUUCAUUGCCUGGCCAAAGGAAAUGGUAGUACAUUAUGAGAGAGUUAAUAACAGAGAGGAGGAGAAAUCAGAGGAGCAAAUUGAGAAGAAUGCUAGUGAGAAUGCGUCAAAGAAGGAUGAAGCUAAUGAGAGAAACAGCAAUCAAAGGAGCUACAGCGGGAACGGACGGGAAUGGAUGAGAACGAACGGGAACUGA